UGCACCGAUUUUGAAUCCAUCUGAUAUUUGAAAUUGGAAGAAGUCUUCCCGUAUUUUAUUCUGGAAAUAUACAUUCAACAGUUUGAUAAAUAAGAACUUGUGGACAGUUCCGUUAGUUCAUCAUAUGGUCAAGUGAAAAUUUGUUGUUAAUCAAAUUAAACGCAGUUAAAAGCAAAGUUCAAAAAUAAGUUUCUUCAAAGCACCGUGUCGUCAGGAAAUGAUUGUUAAGAAGCAGGACAUGUGGCCUUUUUAUUCACCAAAACAACAACAAAUCUAAUUCAAAUUCAAAAUCAAACACAAAUUUAUUCAAAUUCAAACAAAUUUAUAUAUCAAAAUCAAAAUGGAUUGUUUAAACUCAAUUCAUAUGACGCGCUACAAGCAUACAGGCUUCAAAGAUGAAGAUUCGUUAAGUUGUGGGACCGUUCAAUUAACUGAAGGGAUUUCAACAAGUGCUACUCAUAUUCGAUAUCAUACGCGUGGAUCUUUAUGGCGGACACGGACAUCUUUAGAAAAAGUAUUAUUAAUAAUAUUGGCCUGUCUGCUAGUAAUUACGUUGCUUCUAACAUGUUUAUUGACAAGUUCGAAAAAUAAUUAUAAAAUACAAAUAUCAAAUAUCAAUCAGCAAACGAUUCAAGGUCACCAAACUAAUCAUGGACAAUUAACUGGCGCUGAUCAACAGUACUGUUUUACAGCUCCUUGCAUCCAUGCCUCGUCUGAUAUUUUAAAAGGCUUGGAUCAAUCAGUAGAUCCAUGUGAAAAUUUUUAUGAAUAUGCAUGCAACGGUUGGGUCAAAGAAAAUCCAAUUCCAGAAGGGAAACCGAUGUGGGGCACGUUUGCUAAAUUAGAACAACAUAAUCAAUUAAUUGUGAAAAAUGCUUUGGCUAAAGUUGAAGAAGAUUUAAAAUCAAAGGCUGAGAAAAAAGCAAAAAUUUAUUAUGAAUCGUGUAUGGAUUCGGAAGAUGUCAUCGAAAAAUUAGGUGCUGAACCAAUGAUUAAUUUACUAACGAAACUUGGAGGGUGGAAUUUAACACAUUCUGGAUUUAAUCUUUCCAAAUGGAAUUUACAAAAAAGUUUACAAGAAGUUCAAAAUAGAUACAAUAUGGGAGGAUUAUUUAAUUGGGAAGUUGGCGAAGAUGAUCGAAAUUCUUCACGUCAUAUUAUACAAAUUGAUCAAGGUGGUUUAACUCUACCAACCAGAGAUUAUUAUCUAAAUAUUACAGGCCAUGCCAAAAUUUUAGACGCUUAUGAAGAAUACAUGGUGAAAGUGGCUUCAUUGUUAGACCCAACAAUCACCGACAUAAAUGGAACAAUUCGACCUCAAGUUAAGGAAAUCAUACAAUUUGAAACUCGUCUGGCAGCAAUUUUUUCCCCGGCCGAACAGCGUCGAGAUGAGGAACGAAUGUAUCAUAACAUGUCGUUGGCGGAUUUAGAUGAAAAAGCACCAUUUAUUUCAUGGACCGAUUAUUUUAGUGAUGCCUUCAAACAAGUUGGUAAAAAAAUCACAUCGAAAGAAAUCGUUGUGGUUUACGCACCAGAAUAUUUACAAAAUUUAACGGUUAUUAUCCGCGAAUACAAUGGAACGAAAAAGGGACAAAUUGCUUUGAGUAAUUACGUGAUGUGGCAAACUGUCAAAUCGUUAACACCAAGUUUAUCACGAGAAUUUCGUGAUGCCUAUAAACCGUUGCGUAAAGUUUUAAUUGGUUCGGAUGGCGGAGAAGAAACUUGGCGUUAUUGUGUCCAAGAAACAUCAAAUGUGUUAGGUUUUGCUGUGGCGGCCAUGUUUGUUCGCUUAAAUAACGCAUCAAAACCAAAACCACUGGCUGAGAAAAUUAUAUCGGAAGUACGUGAAGCUUUUAAAGAAAAUUUAAAGCAUUUAGAUUGGAUGGACGCGGAAACACGAAAAGCGGCCAUGGAAAAAGCUGAUGGUAUUUCCGAUAUGAUUGGAUAUCCCGAUUAUAUUCUGAAGCCAAAACAAUUGGAUGAGAAGUAUGCUGGUUUGGCAGUACGUCGAGAUGAAUAUUUCUCUAAUAACAUUCGAGUUAACCAAUUUAACUUGAAGAAAAAUUUGGAAAAAUUAAAUCAACCUGUUAAUAAAUCUGAAUGGGGAAUGACUCCACAUACGGUAAACGCAUACUACACCCCAACAAAGAAUCAAAUAGUUUUUCCAGCUGGAAUUUUACAACGUCCAUUCUUCGAUAUAAACAAUCCAACGAGCUUAAACUUAGGUGCAAUGGGUGUAAUCAUGGGACACGAAUUAACUCACGCCUUCGACGACGAGGGUCGUGAAUACGAUACAAAAGGUAACUUAAAUCGUUGGUGGAAGAAUGCAACAAUUGAACGAUUUAAACAGAAAACCGCAUGUUUUCGUAAGCAAUACGAUAAAUAUGAGAUUAACAAUAAACAUGUGAAUGGUAUCCAGACAUUGGGCGAGAAUAUGGCGGAUAAUGGUGGAUUACGGGCUGCUUAUCAUGCUUACUUAAAAUGGGAGGCAGAACAAUUGCAAAAGAAUGCAACGAAUGGUAAUUCAAUUGUGGAAACUAUGCUACCAUUACCGGGAUUAAAUUUGACACAUCGACAAUUAUUUUUUGUUUCUUUUGCGCAAGUGUGGUGUUCAGUUGUCACCGAGGAAGCUACAAACUUACUAAUUGAGAAAGAUUCGCAUACACCAGCUAAAUACCGGGUGAUUGGUUCAUUGUCAAACUUCAAGGAAUUCUCUGAACAAUUCGGUUGUAAACCGAACACAUACAUGAAUCCAGAAAGUAAAUGUGAAGUAUGGUAAAAAGAAAUUAUGGAAAUGCCCAGAGGAAAAAAAUAAAUAUUUACAUAAUACAACAAAAUAUAUGGCCUAAAGUCAGAUGAAACAAUUUGGAAAAAUUAACAAACAAAUUGAAGAUACGUGAAAAGUACAGGGGCAUCAUCAUCGCAACAUUUUUAUUAAACAAUUUUUUAGAUUAAGUACAAAUUAUUUAAACAAAGAAACAAAAAAUAUCUAUCAUGAGUUUAUCAAAUAUGUUUUAUUUGUGUGCGCAUGUCCACUGACAUGCGUAGUAAAUUUAUACAGGGUGAUAAAAAUAAAUACUGACAAAUUUUGGGCAUCAAAAGAAAUAAUGCAUGUGAAUACAUGAUCUAAAAGUUUUCAUUUUCAUAAAACAGGGUGAUAGGGAAAUAAUUCACUUACCCUCAUCUUGAGAAAGAAAAGUUUUCGACCAUAUUUUCAUAUGAACUUUUUUUCAUGUUCGGAGAUUGUUAGUGUAUUUUUGAAUCAUCCUGUAUUAUAUAAACGUUGAACCCUCCCUCUGUAUCUGUUGUAUCCUGUUUCUCUGCUCAAAUGAAAACUUGUAAACAAAAAAAAAAAAAAAAACAAAAAAAAAAAUUAUAAACAAAAGAAAUAUUAUAUAUUAAUAUACAGGUUGGCCUCUCGUGAUUCAUACAGACCUUGUAAAAUACAGAGUGUUCUUCUUUAAUUUAUCCUCGAAAAAUCUUCAAAUUUUUCAUGAAAGAUAUUUCGGAAACUACGCAUCAGAUCGGAAUUUGGUAAAGACCUUUUUUGUUCGUCUUGAUGAGAUGAAUCUCAUAGUAGACUUUUCCAGGGUCAAUUAAAGAACACCGUGUAUAUUAUAAUGCCUGUAUAAGUGAGGAGAGUGACAUACGAUAUAUAUAUUUAUUAAAUGUGGUAUUAUAAUUGUGCUUUCCCCGAAUCAAAAAAAAAAAAAUGUGUAUUGAGGGGGGACUAUAAAAAAAAACCAGAUGAUUUACUUAAAU